AUGGCUCUUCCAAAUAAUCAGCAAGUGUCUUUACGCGAUGCUUUAGAAACAAUACCAAUGUUUGACGGAAAAAACAUACCACUAUCUAUAUUUAUUGAAAGUUGUUUAGAAGCAAAAUCUAUGCUUCCUGAUAAUGCACAAGUACAAACAAAUUUAGUAAAAUUAAUUAGGAGUCUAAUUUCGGGUGAAGCAAGAAGAAUUAUAAUAGGAAAUAAUUUUAAUACAGUAGAACAGUUAACAGAAAGAUUAAAACAAAUUUACGCGCCAGCAAAGUCUGUAUAUCAGUUACAAGGAGAACUAGGAGCAAUAUAUAUGUGGGAACACGAAAAUGUAAUUUCUUAUGAGUCAAGAAUCGCAGAAAGAAUAUUAGACGCGCAUAGGAUUAGCAAUGAAAAUAGAGUAGAUGAACCAUUUAAAGCAAGUUUAGAUAAAACAACUGUUGAUUAUUUUUCACGAGGACUUAGACCAGAAAUUGAAAUACGAAUUGGAACAGCAGAUACAUUUCAAGAGAUAGUAAAUAAAGCAGUAGAAAUAGAAAGAAAAUUAUUAUCCCACCGUGAAUUACGAAAAAGUGAGCAAAAUACUGAUUAUAAUUCUCAUCCUAAAAAUAAUAAAGACUUUGCUAAAACAACAAAAAUUAAUAUCGCUCAAGAUAACAUAAUAACUUGUUUAGUUUGUGGAAAGAAAGGUCAUUUUGCAGUAAAUUGUUUUCAACUUAAUAAAUUGAUAGCACCAAGACGAGAAAACUCCUUUUAUCCAGGAUCACGACAAAAUUUUUCAAACCAGAAUCAAAAUCGAUUCAACAAUCCAAAUCCAACGUUUAAUAGAUUUCAAAGUCAAAACUUUUACAAAAAUCAUCAACAAAAUCACUUUCAAAAUCAAUUUAGAAACACAUCACAAAAUCAGUUUAGAAACAUACCACAAAAUCAAUUCCGAACUCCAUACCAAAAUGAAAGACAAAAUCAACAACAAAACAUUUUCCAAAAUCAACAAAGAAAUUUCUCUCAAGAACCAAGAACUAACAAUACUACAAACUUUGCGAAUAGAAAUCAAAGUAUAACGUGUAAUUAUUGCAAAAAAUUAGGACACAUUUCCACCAAUUGUAGGAAAAAGAUGUGGGAUGAUAACAAUAGACAACAACAAACAAAUUCACAAACACAAAAUCAGGGAAACUCCAAAAUUCCUCUUUGGGGGUCGAUUACGUAA